CGUCGCUGGUUAUCGUAACGAUUUCGAUCGGGACAAAAGGGAGGGAAAAAAUCGGAGAGGCUUAACUUCCCGGAAGACGGAGACUGCGCUAAAACGUGAGAUGCUGGAUGAUCAAUACCGGCCGUUGUGUCAGAUUCUGGACCAAGAAGUACACUUGAGAGAGCAGACAGAAACGAGCAUCAUGAAAACAGUGACCCAUACUUGUACACCAGGAGCUGCCGAUCUAGCUGGAAGCGAAUCGAUCGUGGACAUCGCUGAAUCGGUGGAUGAAUUACGUGAGAAACUGGCAAACAUGAAGAGGCUGAUGGAGGAACGAAAAGGCACCACCCUGGGUGAAAUAAGUGCCAAGAAGAGAACGGAGAACUCAGAUAUCAUAGACGGAAACUUUCUGUCCUGGAUAUUUGGCGCGGCGUUGGUCGUCAUUCUCGGCGUCAGUUUUUACACUUUUUAUAAUCUCUACCACGCGGUCUUAAAGAAAUUCCCCUCGCAUCAUACGGAGCUCUAAGGGGAUGGUCUCGAUCCCUAUCGAAGAUACGCGUAUACAAUUAUCUAUUCACGGGGCAUGUUCGUUCGUUUCGGCAAGAACUUGUGGUGUAGGUAACGCGGAACGUGCAAUAUCAAUCCUUCAGUCGUCCCAAAUGCACACCUCCGAACCCACUGAACGAUGCACGAGAUCAUCUGAAAAAAUAAGCCUAGAGUGUGUCGCUUAGACAGAGUAUUUGACAAUUUCUAUUUCACUGCAAAUUGUCGAGGGAAUUCUCGAGCUAUCCACCGAAGCGAACGAAUCACGAGAGAGUAGGAGAUCGAAGGCAAGGAUGUUCCUGUCGCGUGUUUCGAGAUGUUCAAUAAAACUCUUACAGCGUUUCCGUUUCAAUAGAAAAGAGUUUCGUUUAAGUUUACCUUCGUAUGUAUUCUGCUUAUCGGAGGGUCAUCGUGGUACAUGAAAAAUAAGUUUCUUAAUUCGAUGAUAUGGCUGAUCGAAGGAAACUUUCUAGCCAGACUUGACAGAGAGAGUAACAUUGUACAGAACUGUUAUUGUGCGUAUACGUAAAAGUACAUAACAAUUGCGUCGAAAAUGACCCGAUAUCAGCUGUUAAAAUUUCAUCACAUAACUCAUGCUUAAAAUGGAACGGUAUUAACUCUUUUAAAUAUAAAGAUGUAGAACAUUAUCGAAUAAUCUGUUUUAACGGCUUCACUACUGUGCGUACAAUGUUUCUCCGAAUAUCACCAACUUCGAUUAACAAUAUAACAAUGUAUGUGAGAAAAGAUCUUACUCUAUCUUAUCGUAGUUUCCCUCGGUUCGAUAUCCUUCCUUCAUUAUUGUAGAUCUUCCACCGCACAAUCGAACGCGAAAAAUUUUUCAUAUCAAUCGAUUUAUUCAAAUGUAAAUAUUGUGAAUACUAAAUAAAGUUACGAUUCGAUCGAUAUUAUGAGGUACCAUGAAACAACCAAUAAAAUAAUCACUUUACCAUACGGACGGGAAUAUAACGAAAUUUGUCAUUGCAAAGACAAACAACUCAGGCGAGACUUCUUUGAUUUAUCAGCGCCUGAAGCUGCAAACAAUUAUACAACCAAUCAUAAAAAAUGGAAAUGAUAAAAGAAGAUAAUUCUAGGGAAAAAAGAAAAAGUUUUUCAUGUAAAAUGUAUAAACCUACAGAAUAAUGUCUUCUUAUGUUUUAACUCCUUGGUAAAGUUAUUUAGCAUUUUUUGAUAAUCUUCCUGUUGCUGAAAUUAUAUUAAUUUCUUUGUAAGAUCAUUUUCAUUUAUUCUUUUUUAUUUUAGUGAGAGUUAGUACCUUUAUUACUUCUGCCUUGAGAGACUCUCUUCGAAGCGACAAAGUCGAAAUGUGACUUUGCAAUGUUUUAACCUGUCGCGCAUACAUAAAAUAGAUGAAGAAGUUACAUAGUUGUAAAUUACCCGAUUUCUAGUAGGAAAAAUGCGACUCGUCUAACCUCAUUCUCGAUUUUUUGAACGUCCUUCUUUAACUCUGACAUCAAUGAUCUAUAUCGAUCCCUAUAACUCGACGUUUUAUUUUCCAAGUCCGUUAAGACUUUUUCCGCAUUCUUUAUUUCGCAAUGAGAUCGCUGCAACUGAACCCACAUCGAAGUUCUAUUUACACUUUGUAUUUAAAUAGAAAAAUAAAUAAUAUCCUCGAAUUUUGAUCGCUCACCGCCUGUUCUUUUUCCGUUAGCUUCUCCGAUAACAUGUUCAAUUUAUCAUCUACGUUUUCGUGCAUCUGUAAUGAUCGAUUAAACCGUAUCGAUAAGUGAAACAAUAAAUUUGACACAAUAAUAGACUUUGGUUAUUUAUACAUCUUUAUUAGAAAAAUAAUAAUAUUUUUUAUAACUAACUUCGAUCGGAUACUCCGGUUGCAAGAUUUCGCUUUUGGCAAUGAUCUACGGCAGACGAUUUAAAUUAGUUGGAUGAGACCACUGCAAUUUUAGGACUAACGAAUGGACGCUAUUACACUUACACAUUUUUUCAAAUCCUCCAAUUGAGUAUUAUACUUGAUUGUAUUAUUAACAACGGUUAUUAUUUAAUAACAAAAAUAUGUAUAUUCGAAGAUAGAAAAUGUAAAGGCAUCCUUACCAUGGCCAUAAGGAAAAUGUUAAUGGAGUAAACAACAAAUAGAAAGAUACAUAAUAUCUUAAAAAUAUAAAUGGUCAGUAAAAACAGCAUAACGAAGAAUUUUUCUAUUUUCUUCUGCACCGACAAAAGUUCAAAUUUACUACAUACAUCAUUUUACAAACCUAAAGAUCAAAAGAACAACAGACGAUCUCUUGAACGCGGUCCCCAUUUAGAACGGUUAUAUUGCGUGGUUCGAGAAUCGGAAUUACUCGAGGAUUUUAAAUGCUUCGAGUUAUCGAUCGAUUUCCCGAGGGCGCGUGAUAUUUGAAUGCAACAAGAAUAAUUAAAGUUACCAGGAACAAUAAGAACAAAAUUAUGCGAUUAACUGAUAUAGAUAAUGUUUUAAUUUUAUAAGAUCAAA